CCCUCACCCACCCACCUGUCUGGAAGGACUCCGAGCCUAGGGGAACACACGCGAACGAAUCGACGGCGCGAUGGCAUCUCGUCUCGUUGCGGCGGCGGCGGCCUCCUCCUCGUCUUCCCCCCUCGCCCGCCUCAUCUCCCGCCGCGGUCUCGCCGGCGCCGCAGACCACCAUGGGCCCGCGAAGGUGAACCUUUGGCAAGAUCCGUUGAACCCGGGUAACUGGAAGGAAGAGCAUUUUGUCCUAGCCAGCUUAGCUAUGUGGGGUGGUGUAAUUUAUGGUGUCUCCAGGCUUUUUAGUGGGAAGAAGAAAGACACAACUACUGAGGCGGUGCCAUCACCAGCACAGUAGGAUUUGUCAGAGGCUUCAAGCUGCAGGCAUGCAACUGUGAAAUAAAAGUAAUCAUCUUUAAAUUUCUGUUGCUAAUGGCAAUCUGUGUCGGCUAGGUGGGGGAUUUUUGUAAGAGGCAAGAUGUUGUGGAGCCACAAUUGUCAACCAGCAUGAAUAAUCUUAUCGCAGUGGAACUUUGUUUGCGAAACUACAAUCCACUUGCUGUUUUGCCAUCCACAUCAUUUCAUGUUUUGUAUCGGUGCAGUUGAUAAUGAGCUUGACGUGCUCUAAAUCAAUUCAAUUAAGUUGAGUUUUGAAGACCA